AUGAAUGCAGAGGACGAGGAGCUGGAGGCAGAGGAGGAGGAGAUGAAGACAGAGGAGGAGGAGAUGAAGGCAGAGGACGAGGAGCUGGAGGCUGAGGAGAAGGAGAUAACGGCAGAGGAGGAAGAGGAGGAGGUGAAGGCAGGGGAAGAGGAGAUGAAGGCUGAGGAAGAGCAGGUGAUGAAGACAGAAGAGGAAGAGAUACAGGCUGAAGAGGAGGAGAUGAAGGCGGUGGAGGAGCUGGCGAUCACUUUGGUUGCGGAGGCAAAGAACAUUAACGAAUUGAAAGAGGUGUUGGCGGUGAUACAAGAGGCCGCAGACUUCAAAGAGGAAAGAAUGAAGAUAGGAAGAAGGAGAGUGAUCAAGAUAACAAAGAUCAGGCUGUUGUAACUGGAAGGAGACGGAAGUGGGGGAAACUGUUUUGCUGUUUUGGUUGGAGGAGGGACAGCAGGCGUUUUCAGACUUGAAUGGAGGCUUAUUAUGUCAUGAUCGUUGAAAUUGUAUAUGAAAUUGUAAAUAAAAUUGUAAAUACAAAUUAA